AGCGAGCCUAGGCGGAACAGAAUGAUCAGAAAUGGCCAAAUUAUAUAUUUAAACAAACAAAACGAAGCAAUCGUGCGAAAUUUGAAUUAAAGACGUUAGGGCUAGACUAUGAACCGGAAGCGAAUCGGUUGCCUUUCUUUUGCUCAUAACCUGCCGAUUUUCCGAAUUUCUCACCCCUCCAUCGCGCUGUAUAAACAAAACAGUUUUUGCGACCGACUGUCAUAUGUUUUUUUUGUUUUGUUUUCAUAAAGGCCGAAUGUCGUUCUUUUCCUGCUUGCAAUCCGAAAAGCAGGCGGCUGUCAACUUGUCGUUUGACAGUCUCGUUUUAAAUCGCCCGUCGGACGGCCAGGGACCUGUGAAGCCGUGUUGGGACAAGAUGAUGGACCCCAGAACGAUACCCGACGCAGAACGCAUCAUCUACGACCUCGUCACCUUCGAAAACGUGUUCAUCACCUACAACAGGGACGAAGACGUCGUCGUCGAGUUCACCCUCGACCCCCAGAUGAAGGCAUCGACAAGAGAUUGGCUAGGAAUAUAUCCAGCAGGUUGGUCUUCCUAUGAAUCAUUUGUCACCUACAAAUGGGGAAUCGGUGAUCCAAUCAACAACUCUUGCAGAACUAGAAAAAUAAUUUUCGACCCGAAUGAUUUAAUUGACGUUAAACCAGACAGGCAUUACCAAUUUGUCUAUAUUAGCCAACACCUAGAGAUAAUGGGAGUUAGUCGGUUUUUUCAGUUUUGCACAACAGGGUUUGAUGAUCUGGACAUAUCAAAGCUUUCAUGCUCCGACAUUUACAACUCUACUCAAUAUGUCAGGUCACCGAAAAAGGCUAAGAAGGUUGAAAAAAUGAAGGACGCAGAAACGGAGACAUCACAGGUUACAUUCGCCCCGACUUGUAGUAUAAAUUUACCGACAGACCUUAGCAAAGUCUGUACCGUCUGUAGUAAAUGUAAACAGUUGUUCGACUUGAUAGAGCUCCAAGAAGAGCUGAAACUGAAGGUUGAAACGUACGCCGAGAAAAAUGAGGAACUUCAGUCCCGAGUCGUUAAAUUGGAAUCGGCUCUUGAAAAUAUGAAACUGACAAACGCCUCACUCAGAGACUGGAACGAAGAAUUGGAAAAGAAACAAUUCCAGAACUUCAUCGAAGAACUUCGCAGUAGGAACCUGAUUGAUGGCAAAGGCGACAACAAAAACUAUGUUGUAAAAAGCACAUUUCAUGAUGUACAAACAGAUUUUUACCUAGAUGAUUUCACUAACAGAGAAAUCAUACUAAAAGCGAUUAUUGGUAAUCAGGAGGUCAAAAUAAGGGAAUUGACUAAAGUUAUAUGUCAAUCCCAUGUGAUUGAUCAUCAUGUAUUCCACGCGUUGCCUGCAGUUGUUGAGGACGUUGUGACCGUAACGCAUACGGAUGAGAAACUAUUGCCAGAAUUGUGUGAGGUCAACAACAAUGAGCUGGUGAAUUCCGACGAGGAAGAUUGACACAAUGGCUUUUUUAAUUUUUUUUUUUAAAUAAUAAAAACACAUACAUA